UGCCAUAGAUUUACGUUUGCAAUUUUGAUUCAGUUCAAAACCUAAACAAGAUGUUGCCUCUCAUAGCAGCAAACGAUAAUUGGAACGUACGACGUCAGCAAUCAAGAUCCCAAGCUCUAUCUGGAUUGCCAGCUUUCACUACUUCCAUGUACACCGGAUUUGCUCCUUUUGAAAGGACAUCGAGUCCAUGGAAGCAUCAUAUUCCAAACAGAAAUUCUGCAGCAAAAAAUUAUGAUAAACUAUCAGAAGACGAUGAAACCAAAAUGUCAACUAAACAGUUUGCAAAACCUGCGACAGUAGUUGCGGCAAGAUCAUUCCGUUCAUCCACGGUUUUAAGACAAGUUCCAAUAAUGCGACGACAUCUGGAUACUUUUGGUGGCCGAAUAUUUUCAAUUCCUGUCAAAACAAAGCCUGUACCUGUACAUACUGGUCGAUUUUUGUAUGAUCCGGUUUGUCCACCAACCUAUGCUGGGAAAUUGUCACAAAAUGAAAGAUUGAAAGCAGAGGCGGAAAUGAUACAAAAAGUUCGAGGACAAAAAAGAAAAAGAGAAGCGAUAGAACACAGGUGGGGCUGGAGAAAUUUUGAUCUGUCUGGAAUGGAAGUUGCUAGGAAUGCUCGUUACAGCAUACAUGCUGAAAUACAAAAACUAAAAGAACUUGCACUACCACCUGCAGCAAGAGAAAUAUAUACUGGUCGCGGAAUUCGACUGCCAAGUACACAUCAUAGCAUCAAUCCUCCGAGAGCUCGUCCAGCCACCGAAGGACCCAUUGCGCCUCCAGUAACCAGACGAGGUGGUACAUUUCCAACACUUAGAUCAUCUGCAGCUCCCAGCUUUGCAGGACCUAGUGCGCCAGUCAAGGUACAAAGUCACUGGGAAGCUUCAGCCCAUCUUCAGUCAGAGCAGCAAUCGAGAGCUUCAACAAAAUUGCAAAUUCAGUCAGUUCCUGCACCAGGCAUUCACCCAAGUACUACACCAGUUCGUCCAGAAACCGUUGAAACGGAUCCAGAUAAAACAAUAGUUUCCGAGAUCCCCGAAGACGUUAAAGACAGCAGCGGCCCGACACCGAUUGAAUAUCCACAGACUCCAAAACCUUCUGAACCGGUUGAAAAAAUUGAAGUUAUUGAUCCAGACGUGGAAGACGAAGAAUUGAGAGCGAAAUCAGAUUUAGCUAUCAUUCCUGAAACACCGAUCGAACGUCCUCGUUCGUUAGCGGCUCCUAGCGCAAGUCCGGAAACAAGCGCUCCGAACCCGAUAUUGCCAGUUUCGAAAACACAAACAGAACCCCUUAUAUCCGAAGCGGUACGAAAACUUUUGUCAGAACAAUUUGAACAAUUACAAAAACGAGGUAACAUCACAAUGAACGAUAUUCUUGCUCUAUCAUCGGAAAAUUUGACAGAAAAUCAGAAGAAAUAUUUGACAUGCCUUCAUGAUGUUAGUUCGCAUAGUGCAUCGUUUGUGUUUCAAGAAUUAAUUGCAUACACUUGUCUAUCUCGGAUCAUUCAAAAUUUGAGUCCAUCAACAGCUGAAAUGUUUGAACAAUGCAGCUUUGCAACACUCCCGGAAUCCGUUGUGCAAUAUACGGAAUUAUUCAACUCCGUAGACCGUACCGCAAGAGGUCAGAUCGGAGUGACAGCUUUGUUGGAAAUUCUGAAUACAGCCAUGCAAAGACAAAUCACAAGCGAUGAAAAACUUCUGAAACAAGUGCUCCAAACUAUAGAAAAGGAAAAAGAUGAUGAAAUUUCUAAACUUGAAUUUCUUGCUUACAUUCCAUAUUUUACUCACAUAGAAGAAAUGUCUUGAAUGUUCUUUGCACUUUCAUGCCAACACCAUUACGUCAUCACCAGCAUAGUUUCUUCUAUACAAUUGACCACGUGGUGGCUUAUGUGUUUCCGCUCAUGGAACGUUUUAUUACUUUAAAUGGAGUAAAUAAAUAAUAAAAUACGUCGCAUUUACUAUUGUCCUGUCAGACUAAAAAGUCAUAGGAAAAUAUUUUUUGACGUCGUCAUUACCAUAACUACUCGUACCUUGCCAAAUAAAUUUUUACA